AUGAACCCCCUGUUUGCUGGGAUCCUGCUCAGCACCCUGCUGCGGGCUGCCUUGGGUAAGGAGGCAGCCAAGGCGCCUGUCACAAAGGCCCGUCGCCCUGUGCCAGCCGCCCCCCCCCCCACCCCACCCAGUUCCAGCACCUCUUCUCUCCUGCCAGGAAACCGCAAGCGGUGCUAUGACUGCGGUGGAGGCCCCAGCGGCUCCUGCAAAGAGACCGUGACCACUUGCGGCGAGGGCGAACGCUGCGGCUUCCUGGAGCGCAAACCCCAACCAGACCCGAGACAGACCAAGCCAACUGGAAACCCCUCAGUGACCUUGAUUCAUCACCAUCCAGCCUGCGUGGCGGCCCAUCAUUGCAGUCGAGUGGAAACAGAGGUGGUGGGAGACGUGACUUAUAUGACGCACAGGGACUGCUGCGUCUGCGACCUGUGCAACAGUGCUGUGGCGAGCACUGCAGCCCUCGCGUGCAUCGUGGCUGCAGGGGUCACCGCCCUAGCCUGGCUCUUGUCAGGACUGUGGAGAGGGUAGUGGGAGUAGGGGAAGAGAAGGGAGCAAAGGAGCAAGGGAACAAAGGGGAUCUGAGGUGAGAAGAUAAACACUCCUCUGUGAGCCAUUAAAAUCUAUCGACCACUCUAGAGCUGACUGGAAAAUUCCAUCUUUUGUUGAUGGGAGGGCUGAAGGAGUAAUAUGGGGGCAACCAGGCUCUAGUUUAGGGGUUAUCAAGGAUCAGUGGACUUAGUUACAAUGGUGCACUCCUUAACCAACUAAACCCCAAAGGACAAUGGAGAAUCUGCCCUAUGUGACACCUACAUCCUGUUGCUAGGGAGAAUCUUCCUUAGCAACAAGGAUCACUGAGGGGAGCAGGCUCUGGGCUGAGUGGGGGCCACCAGGAAUCAAUGAGCCUCGUUGUCUGGGCUUGUUCCCCUUCCCCGCAUUUGCAACUUGGCUCCCAGUAUGACUAUUUGGAAUUGAGAAAGGAAAUGUAAGCACUGUGAUAGGAGGGUUGCUUGGUGCCCCACGUACUAGGCCAGGUGAGGCCUCUGAAUCUAACCUGAGGGACUGAGGCCUGGAAAGAGGGUCCCAGGUCCCAUCCCCAUGCAACUCUCCUACCCUUUCUGGGGCGCCCUCAAGCCAGGCUGCACCUCCUUCUUGGCAGUACAUCAGAGGUGUGGCCUAAAUUUAAGAUAAAUAUUGCUUCUCCAAACACUGGGCCCUGUACGCCAGCCCCCAGAUACUGGAAGAGAGGAUGGAAGCCUGCAAAACCUGUUU